GCCACUUUUCCCAGUGUACAACACGAUUGAUGUUCGCUCCAAGAUGUGGAUGCUGAGCAUAGGACAGCCGAAGAGGGUUCCGCCCCUAACCCGAGCCAUGUCCAUUAAAAUGGGCAGUGAUAUACUGGGCGAGCUAUUCAUAUUUAUAAUUGGUGUUUCCUUCAUAUUGAACGAGUUUGCGAGGCAAGCGCGAAACGAUGCGCAGAAACAUGAAAGGCACAAGAAGAAAAGGGAGGAGCUGAAUAACAAAAUUGUCGAAUUGAACGAGCGAAUUGCUCGUCAAGACAGAGAGAUUGUGAAUCUCAAAGGCAAAAUCAAAGAAAUUAGAUAUGAUCGAUAGCGUUGUUUGACUUAA